AUGGAGAGAACAGGAUUGUUGAUGCGCAUUUAUUUAAACUCCUGUAUGCAUAACAGGCUCAUCAAUAAGGCAGAUGCUUCCGUCUCUGUACUACAGACAUUGAAAGCUGAGCUUCAUAAGUAUCGGCAGGGCCCUCUUGGUUUCCAGCAUACUCUUUUUUUUGUCACCCUAGAUUUGGUUGGUACAAGAUGUGGCGAUAAAACAACACCAAUUUCAGUAAGCAGGAAACUUAAGGAAAAUGUCGAGAGUAUAAGAAGCAAUGACAAAGGCGGUAUAGGCGAUCAAGUAACACUUAAAGAUUACAAUCCAAUUGAUCCAUUACCAGGUGUAGGCCCAUCAAAUGUAAAUGCCGGACCAAUUGAGCAUGGAACUCCUCUUAUGCCAUUCAUACCAAAACCUCCACCUCUUGGUCAUCCUAACCCUGAUCAAGGUGACUAUAAUUAGUCACAACUUGUUAUUUUCUUUAUGCUAGAAGAAGUAAUGCUAAGAAGAUUGUAAUAAUGCUAGAAAUUGUGUUGUCUUUAGUUUGCACAGAUUGUCUACUUUAUUUGCUCUGUAAUUUUUGUUUUAAAAACAGUAGUAACACUACUUAUUUGUCAUUUGGCAUAUGCAAUAAAGUGGCCAAUGCUUGUAACGUAAAUAAAUUGUUAUUUUUUAAGUGUUUUUCUAUGAUUAUUAUAUAUUUUCUUUUGA